AUGCCGGGCGACAUUGAGAUGGCGGACGAUACGAUGAUGAAGCGCCCAGGUGACGAGGACAUGCCCUGGGUGGAGAAGUAUCGGCCACGGCUCCUCGGCGACAUUGUCGGCAACGAGCAGACGGUAUUGCGGCUGAAGGCGUUCGCACGCGACGGCAACGUGCCGCAUUUUAUAAUCUCUGGACCGCCCGGAUGCGGUAAAACCUCCUCAAUCUGGGCCCUCGCCAACGAGAUGCUGGGCGCGAAGGCGAAGGAGGCUUGCAUAGAGCUGAACGCUUCCGACGAGCGAGGCAUUGAGGUCGUCCGCAACAAGAUCAAGUCGUUCGCUCAGAUCAAGGUAACACUGCCGCCCGGCCGCCACAAGAUCAUCAUCCUCGACGAGGCCGACUCGAUGACCGAGGGCGCACAGCAGGCCCUGCGACGCAUCAUGGAGAUUUACAGCAAGACGACUCGUUUCGCGUUCGCCUGCAACCAAUCGGAGAAGAUCAUCGAGCCGAUCCAGUCGAGAUGCGCCAUUUUGAGAUACAACAAGCUCUCCGACGCGCAGAUGCUGCUGCGGCUAGAAGAUGUGUGCGCCCAGGAGAAGGUCUCUUACAACGACGAGGGACUGGCCGCCAUCCUGUUUACUGCCCAGGGCGAUAUGCGACAGGCAUUGAACAACCUCCAAUGCGCCGCCGACAGCCACGACGUCGUGAACAGCGACAACGUGUUUUCCGUUUGUGACGAACCGCACCCACAACUCAUGCUGGAGAUGCUCAAUUAUUGUCUGGAGGGUCAGCUAUUGCCGGCGUGCAAAAUCCUCCACGAGAUCCACAAGCUGGGCUAUGACCCGGAAGACAUAGUCUCCAACCUGUUCCGCGUGUGCAAGGCCGCCGACAUGCCGCAGUUCCUCAAGAUGGAAUUCGUCAAGGAGAUUUGCGAGACGCACAUGCGCAUCGUCGACGGCCUGCCCACCGUCAUCCAGCUGUCCGGCCUCGUCGCCAAGCUGUGCAACAUCCGCUACAAGGCCCAA